AUGGCGCGGGCGACAGCGCGGACCCGACGAGCGCGAGGGCAGAGCGAGGACGGAGGGAAGAUGGAUCCCGGUGAGGGCGGCGGCGCGGUCGUCGUGGAUCCCGGCGACGCGGCCUUCGCCGGCGCGUGGGCGCGGCCGCUGUGGACGCAGCGGCUGCGGCGCGUGCACGGCGGCGCAGUAUCAGGCGCGCGGGCAGGUGGCCGGGUGAGCGUGCCGGAGACGCAAUCGCUGGGCGCCAGGGCGAUGACGGCGAGGACUGCCCGCGACGGUGAUGACUGGGGAGGUGGAUGA